AACACUUUUAUUUAAUUUUUCAUGAUAUUUAACUUUUUUAACACUUGUACAUGUUUUUUCUUUUUGUCUUUUCCAUAGAUGAGUGGUGGAAAUAUUUUGGAUAUAGUGCUCCAAAUCUUAAAAAAUUAGCAAUACAACUCUCGAGUCAAACAUCGUAUUCUUUAGGGUGUGAAAGAAAUUGGAGUGUAUUUAAAAGAAUACCCACCAAAAAGAGGAAUAGAUUGGAGCACCAAAGGUUGAAUGAUCUUGUCUAUGUGCAUUAUAAUUUGCACUUAAAAUAUAGGUAUUUUAUCUAGUCUAUAUAAUAAUUGUACCAUAUUAAUAAAGUUUCAUUCCUUAUUAUGCUAUAUUUUUGUUAUGGUAAUUUUAUUUUUAUCUUUAAUAAUAGGAAUGAUAACAAAAUGAAGACUUGCUUUGAUCCUAUUGAUUAUGAAAGCAAAGACAAUGUUAAGGAAUGGGUCAUGGAAGAAGAUGUUUCUCCAAUUUUUGAUUAUGAUGAAUUGGAAAAUAUGAUUUAUAAUGAUAAAAUAAUGCCAAUAUGUUAUACAACUCAAAAAGAAGGUGGCACACAUAAUAUUGAAGAAGAAGUGCAAGGUGAUGAAGAAGGAUUAUGCCAUAUUGGUAGUGGAGUGGAGGAAUUGACUUGGAGUCAAUUGGUGAAGAAAAUGAUGAUAGUUAUGAUAGUGAAAAUGAUUUUCAUGAAUGCGAUGCUUGGUUUAAUGAAGAUCCCCCUCAUUUAGGGGAUAAACAAUAAGCAAUUUUAAUUUAUGCAUCAUUUGCAAAUUAGUUUGAGUUUUUGGACUUAUUUUUCAUCUAUAUAUGUGUAAAACUUAUUAAUUUUGAGAUUUGUAAUUGUAUGAUGCUUUUUUUAAUCUAUUUAUUGAGUUUUUGAACUUAUUUUUCAUGUGUGUGUGUGUGUGUGUGUGUGUGUGUGUGUGUGUGUGUGUGUGUGUAAGUGUGUGUGUGUGUGUGUGUGUAAGACUUAUUCAUUUUGAGAUUUGCAGUUACAUGACACUUCUU